GUUCAGACGAUUCGGUUUUAAUAAAAGAGGCUCCCAGAUUCCGCAGAUUUGUUGUAACUGCUACACCUCUGCAUUUCGGUAUCGCCUUAAGAAACGGUUUGUCCCGCGGCUGACACGCGUCCUUUUCUGGUGGGGGUGCCUGCGUCCGCAUGGUCACUUUAUGGCGUAAGAAAAAGAAGUUCAAAAUGCAGCUAGAAACAAAACAGCCAAGACAUUGAGGUUUUCCAGCGCGAACUUAUCCGCUGGCUUCCCGUACCUGCUGCACGCUAAGUGCACCAAGUGCAGCCACAGCGAACUCUCGUCGAAAACGGCCGGGCACAGUUGUGGAUGAGGGUUGACAUUUCGUGUGCGGAGGGUCCCGGCGCCUUUCCCGUCGACUGUUCUUACCGAAGUGAUCUGAGGCGUUUGGUGAAAAAACAGAAAGUUUGUUGUGUUGCCCUUGUUCCGCGGCAACGUGUGGCUGAACGCUGUCUCGCAGAGUCCUUUCACCCAUUACAAAGGCAUGCUGAGCUUUUCUCGGGGUUGAGACGCGUCCGCACCGAAGGAGGGACGGAGUAUGCACAGAUAAUUGCGAGGAUCGCGAAGUCGGCCGCCUCUGAUCGUCUGAAAGGUUAUAGGUCCUGGGGAAACGCGUAGAUACUUCCCGUUCCUUUUGUCAUGCCACAAAGCGAACGUUGCCUUUUGAGAGACUUAUUCAUGCAUGCUUACGUUGUGGUUCGCUUGAUCUCUUAACCGGUAGAGGCGGGUACGUCUUUGUAAGUUCCACAUUUGAGGGGGAACAGGUUUCGGAUCCCCCACGUAGAUGCUGAGCCUCAAGUGUUCACAAUUCCCUCGCCUAUUUGGGGGAAAGUCCGUAUUUGCGGUAACAUCCAAACGAAUAUAUGUUUUUCAUUUUUCCUGGCCUGCGGGCUGGCGUUUUAUUGUCUGUUGUGAGGGGCUUUAAGCACCGCAUCAAAGUAGCAGGGAGGCGCCCCAGUUUUGCGGCAAAUUUGAACCUCCUAGACGCGGAUUAACAGACGUGUGUUCGAGAGUAUUCAAGCUUCAGUAGCACCAACGCUGUGUAGUCGCCUAAGUUUACAAUGCAGGUACUCGCGUGUGUGCUGGGCAUUGUCUGCCUCUAUUUAAGGACCGCUCCUGCGUCCCCUUCAGGCGCUGGCUCUUUGUUUCUGGUGGCCAGUGGCGCGCAGACAGAGCCAGCAGUGGACGACUCCGCUGUACAGCAAGGGUCGACCGCGGAAACCUCUGUCGCGCCGACGCAUUUGCGUGGAAGUGAUGGAGCUCUUCGCACACAAACGCCGCAGGCGCGGCCGCUCGCUGAGAUGUCUGCACAGCAGACGGAAGCCACAGCUGGCGCCGCGGCGAAGGAUCCGAGUAUGCCAGGGCACCAUGGUGACCCGCAUCUGAAUGAUGACGUUGCUAAAGUGCAGUCGUUUAUCGGGUGCUGCGUAAAGGGCUGGGAAAACCUUCCGGAAAGCUCUCUGCGCGUCACCGUUCUCUCUGGCGGCCUCAGCAAUCGCCUUUUUGCGGUAGAUGCCCUCCCACCGCCGGAGGCGCGCACUGGCAGCAACCCCAUGGGCCAUGCGCUUGAAGCGCCGGAACGAAGUUCGUCCGGGAAAAGGCACACGCAUUGUCCGUGUGGAAAUUCGAGGCAAGAGCCGCCGGAGACCGCCGCCUCGAAUUCACCCUCCGUAACGAGGGAUGAAACCCAACCGCCGCAGCGAGUGCUCGUUCGGCUGUACGGUCAUGGCCAAGAACAUACUUUCUUUGAUGCAGCUGAGGAACGUCGCGUGUUCAAACUUUUAGGGGAUAUGGGCCUUGCCCCGAAAUGUCUCGCUGAGUUUCCAGGUGGCCGAGUCGAGACCUGGAUCGUAGGACAAGCUCUGAAGCGGACGGAAUUGCAGAACGAGGCGGUGCAGAGACAGGUUGUUGAUCUUCUCGCGGACUUCCACCAAACCAUUCUGCCUCCGUCGGGAAGUAACUACUCGGCCGACCCAGCUUGGUGCCGGUGGGUGCAGCAAUUGCCACAGGCGUUUAGUGGGCAUCGAACCAGCGAGGACUGCAACUCCGAGCAGGAAGACCCCUUCGUCCGCCCGCGUUGCGACUUUGCGUUCUGUCGCCUUGAUGCAUGGGCCGAAGAUGCGAAGAAAGGUUCUGCGUCGCGGCUCCAAGUCGGCACUCAGAUUCCUCCUUUGCAUGCAUCCAUUUCUCGAGGAGUUUCGACCGACGCCGCUGAGGCGAACGGUGUUGUCACACCUGAGGUAACGGGUCCUUCCUCGCUGUUGUCUCCCGCGGAGAAGCGUCAUCUCGAUCGUGUCGGCCUGCUUCAGUAUUACACCGAGGAAGCGAAGAAGCUCGAGGAGGUAUUGCUCGCACGGGUGAAGUACGAACUUGACCCAGAGAGAGUGAGGGAAGUCUACGGAAGUCCUGAGGCGUGGCGACUGCUGUCUGGUGCGUCGAUUGUGUUCUCUCACAACGACGUACAGGAGAACAAUGUGAUGCAGCACGAUGACGGCGUUCUGCAGAUGAUCGAUUUCGAGUACUCGGGCAGAAAUUUCCGAAGCUAUGACAUGGGCAACUUAUUUCGGGAGAUGACGAUUGACUAUGCAGACGUUCAAAUGUACCCUUUCUUCUCCGUCCACUUGACCGACUACCCCUCGCUGCCGGUUCGACGACGCUUCAUCACGCACUAUUUGAAUCGCCUGCUCACAGUCUACGGUUCCACGUCCGGUGUCUUGGCAGUUAUUCCGCGGGGAACCAUUUCCAAGGCUAUGGUGGACAACUUUGAAGUUAUGGUGGAGUUCAGCGGCCUGAUUUCCGAUCUUCUGUGGGCCUUCUGGUCUCUUGCUCAGAUGCCAGAUGCCGAACCAUCGGACGAGUUCUCCCACAUGCAGUACGUUUUGUCCCGACUGACCCUCUAUGAGCUUAAGAAAAGCGAGCUUAUUCGGCGUGGACUCUUCCCGGCUCGAAAGUGACUGGAAUUUGGAGUCAACGCAGCUCGUCCGCGGAGGGGGGUGCUGUGGGUCACGAACAUUGUUACGUGAACUUCUUGUUUGCAACCUUGUUCGUGCGACGGAGGCUAGUUUCGUUCGUCUGGGUCCGCGUCAAGAAUCGUGUUCCCGGACGGUGUUUUUUUUCGCAUGCAAGCACUGAUUGGGCGGCUUCGAACACAGGAGUCGUGGCAACGCAAAAUGCGUUCCGUUGAUCUGCUUUUGCAUUUUCGGUCUCAACAAGAGAUUCGCUAUGUGUGUGGUCGACAGCAUCAGUCGCCGGGUUGACCAAAGCUGUUGGGGCGCUAUACUUUGCGAGUCGACUUCACACGGCCAUUUAAGUGGCUUGCGUGUGGUUCAGCAUUGAAGUGCUGGCGGUGCCGUGAGUGGUACAUCCCUACUGGUUUCACUGUAAUCAGCCGUUAAACGGGACGACCACUCAUUUAUGGCAGUGCAGUUAUGUGAUUUUUUCAUCUGAUAGCUUUGCUUCUGUUUCGGAGUGGACGACCGUCUUUUUUAGGAUCGAUUCCGUUGAUGCGUGUUACAAGCGCUGGUAGCUGUAUGUGACGUUCACCGGGAUCCGUUUUUUUUUGUGUACUGCCGAAUCCGUUUCGUAAAGCAGCCUGUUUACAGGUGCUUCAGGCUGAAGGCAAAACAGUAAGUCAUUACUCGUGACUGCCGCCCGUUGUGGCUCAGAGUUGUACCACUAACAUGGGGCGCUAAUAUCCGACUUCUGCUUGACUACUGCCGACACAGAAAGAAAAACCAGUUCCGCCUAGCCGAAUUGAAACUCCGAACCAGUUUGGUCAGCCCAAGGAACAGUGGGAUGUUCGCUGUCUCGCAAGAACGCAGAGAAGAACACGUCAGUCUUUUCUGUCCCAUAUUCAUUUCCGCAUCACCACCGGGUUAGUCGGACGUCGCUUUUGACACUCCUUGCGUUUUCUUAGUCAUCUUGCUUUUCGGGCGCCAUACGCGAAAUUGCUUUUCACCUUCCGCUCGUGAUUCUAAGACCCUAUGGGCUGCCGUCGUUGCUGCCUUUCCCGUUCUUCCGGCAGUGCCUCGAUUGUGGCGAUCUGUCCGUGAUACCAGAACCAUCAAACCAGUACUUAAUGGAGGGUCUACUGUUCAACCCACAUCGCGACCUCACUCUGAACAGAUACUCUUGAGUUACGUAUACAGAACCUGUGUGCAGCGGACGAUCGCAUUGAACUUGCAAUUCGGUUGCUGUUGGCGAGAAAACUAGUUUUUCGAAGAGGAAUCUACGGUUAUGAGGUACAUGCCUGCUUCGAAGUGCCGCAAAGAACGCGUUUUUCUCUGUACGACAGAAACUCGUGCGAUGCUAGCGAGACUGGUCGUCGAGGCGCCCGUAUUGUUUCGCGGAAACCAGAUGGUGAGCGCCGCCCCCUGAUGUUUGAGACUUUGCAUGUGACUUCAGCAACCCUACUUUGCACAU